AUGGAGCCUUCACCACCGGACUCAGUGCUACAGACUCAAGAAGAAAGCAUGCCCAAUACCCCCAAAUCGUGGCAGUUUUAUCUCAUACUGUUUUCACCCUCUUUUAUCAGCUUUGUUGCCGCCCUCGAUGGCUCGAUAAUCGCCACAGCUCUCCCUAAAAUCACGAAUGAUCUUUCGGCUGCCGACAACUAUGUGUGGAUUGCGAACUUUUUCCUCAUUGCUCAAACAGUUGUUCAGCCACUCUAUGCUCAGAUAUGUAACAUAUUCGGGCGCCGCACACCUAUGUUCGCCUCGAUUUCUCUCUUCAUGCUUGGGAGUGGGAUCGCAGGAGGCUCAAACAGCUCCACGAUGCUCAUAGCCGGUCGCACCGUUCAGGGCCUCGGAUCCGGAGGCAUCAUGAUGCUUGUUGAACUCAUUAUCUGCGAUAUCGUCCCCCUCAGAGAAAGAGGAAAAUACCUCGGCAUUGUCAUGUCUUCGACCGCUAUCGCUGCCAUUUUAGGACCAGCUAUCGGAGGAGCUCUUGCUACAGCAAACUGGAGAUGGCUUUUCUAUUUAAAUCUUCCUAUUGCGGGGGUCACCAUGGUUUUCAUGGCCAUAUCUCUUCGCCUAAAUCACGAGAAAGAAUCUACGUGGGCGCGAGCACUCUUAAGAAUUGACUGGGUGGGAAACUUCAUUUUCAUCGCCUCUCUUUGUUCUCUGUUGGUCGGCCUCAUAUUUGGUGGAUCUGUGUUCUCGUGGUCUUCCUUGCGAUGGGUGUGCUUUUUCUGGCCUGUCUUCUUCCAAGCCAUCAAAGGAACCUCUCCUCUUCGAGCUGGAACAAAUUUCAUUCCCUAUGAGGCAUUUCUCAUUGUGACAGCUGGCAUGGCUGGCGGAAUUCUCUCGAAAUUUGGACACUAUCGGCCAUUGCACCUCAUUGGAUUCGUUCUUAGUAUUCUUGGACCGGGACUGAAUAUCAUGUUAUCAAAUACCACCCCCAGAGUUUCUUGGGUCAUUUUCCAGAUGGUCGACGCCAUUGGCCGAGGAAUUCUGCUGCCUACCGUCCUACCUGCGAUAAUGGCUUCCUUGCCUGACUCAGAAGUGGCUACAGCGACAGGGGUGGACUCAUUUUUGCGUAGCUUUGGUUUCAUUUGGGGUAUCACAAUACCCGGGAUCAUCUUUAAUGCGCAAUUCGAUCGCUACUCCAUACGUAUCAGCGACCCUGCCGUCCGCUAA